AUGGCAGCAAAAACUCUCAGCAGUGAGGAGGAAAAGGAGCUGCCCAAACUCCCGGUGCCCCCCCUGCAGCAGACCCUGGCCACGUACCUGCGGUGCAUGCAGCACCUGGUGCCCAGGGAGCAGUUCCAGAGGAGUCAGGCUAUCGUGCAGCAGUUUGGAGCCCCGGGGGGCCUGGGUGAGAACCUGCAGCAGAAGCUCCUGGAACGGCAAGAGAAGACUGCCAACUGGGUGGCUGAGUACUGGCUGAACGACAUGUAUCUCAAUAACCGCCUAGCCCUGCCUGUCAACUCCAGCCCCGCUGUGAUCUUUCCCCGGCAGCACUUCCAGGACACCAAUGACCAGCUCAGGUUUGCCGCCAACCUCAUCUCGGGAGUGCUCAGCUACAAGGCCAUGCUGGACAGUCACUCCAUCCCCACUGAUUGUGCCAAGGGCCAGCUGUCAGGGCAGCAGCUCUGUAUGAAGCAAUACUACGGCCUCUUCUCUUCCUACCGCCUCCCUGGCCACAUCCAGGACACACUGGUGGCCCAGAAGAGCAGUGUCAUGCCUGAGCCAGAGCACAUCAUUGUGGCCUGCUGCAACCAGUUCUUUGUCUUGGAUGUUGUCAUUAAUUUCCGCCGUCUCAGUGAGGGGGAUCUGUUCACUCAGUUGAGAAAGAUAGUCAAAAUGGCUUCCAACGAGGACGAACGCUUGCCUCCAAUCGGCCUGCUGACAUCAGACGGGAGGAGCCAGUGGGCUGAGGCCAGGACAGUCCUCGUGAAAGACUCCACCAACCGGGACUCGCUGGACAUGAUUGAGCGCUGCAUGUGCCUGGUGUGCCUGGACGCCCCGGCCGGCGUGGAGCUCAGUGACACCAACAGGGCGCUCCAGCUCCUUCACGGCGGAGGCUGCAGCCAGAACGGGGCGAACCGCUGGUACGACAAGUCCCUGCAGUUCGUGGUGGGCAGGGACGGCACCUGCGGCGUGGUGUGCGAGCACUCCCCGUUCGACGGCAUCGUCCUGGUGCAGUGCGUGGAGCACCUCCUCAAGCACAUGAUGAGCAGCAAGAAGCUGGUCCGAGCCGACUCCGUCAGUGAGCUGCCGGCCCCCCGGAGGCUGCGGUGGAAGUGCUCCCCCGUGAUUCAAGGCUUCUUAGCCUCCUCGGCAGAAAAACUCCAGCGAAUAGUAAAGAAUCUCGACUUCGUGGUGUAUAAGUUUGACAGCUACGGGAAGACGUUCAUUAAGCAGCAGAAGUGCAGCCCCGAUGCCUUCAUCCAGGUGGCCCUCCAGCUGGCCUUCUACAGGCUCCAUCGCAGGCUCGUGCCCACCUAUGAGAGCGCGUCCAUCCGCCGCUUCCGGGAGGGACGGGUGGACAACAUUCGAUCGGCCACCCCAGAAGCACUGAGGUUUGUGAAAGCCGUCACAGACCACAAGGCUGCCGCGCCGGAUUCCGAAAAGCUGCUGCUCCUGAAGAGUGCCAUCCGCGCCCAGACGGAGUACACGGUCAUGGCCAUCACCGGGAUGGCCAUCGACAACCACCUGCUGGGGCUGCGGGAGCUGGCCCGGGACGUGUGCAAGGAGCUGCCGGACAUGUUCACGGAUGAAACAUACCUGAUGAGCAACCGAUUCAUCCUCUCCACCAGCCAGGUGCCCACCACCAUGGAGAUGUUCUGCUGCUACGGGCCCGUGGUGCCCGACGGGUACGGCGCCUGCUACAACCCCCAGCCCGAGAGCAUCCUGUUCUGCGUCUCCAGCUUCCACAGCUGCCCGGAGACCUCCUCCGCCAAGUUCGCCAAGGCCGUGGAGGAGAGCCUGGCGGAGAUGGGCCGCCUCUGCAGCCCGCCCCAGUCUGCCGCCGCAAGGGAGAUGUGCCACCAACCGUGA